ACUGUCGCCAUUUCCAAGGCGCUCAUUGCGGCUCAUCCUCUGCGGUUUCUGUCGGUAAAACCAAGCUGCGAGUUGACACAAGGUAAUCCCCACCGUGUGAGGCAGCGCCCCCCGUAUGGAGGCGGGGUGUCAUUCAUUUUCCAAUCGGUGCUAUAAAAAGAGGGAAGUUGCAAGUGUUCUAACUUCAGAGCAGGAGAGCAAGAACGGCUCACACGUGUCGGGACUUUUCAGCUGCAGACACGAGAUCCCCCUGUUGCUGGCCAGGAAGGAAGAAACUGGUGAAAACUAACCAACAAUGAACACUGUCAAAGCUAUUAAAAAUGCAAUAGUGUGUCUUGUUUUGCUUCCUCGCUUUCUCGUGGCGGCCGUGCUGUUUUGGCUGCUGGACUUUCUGUGCAUCAGAAAAAGGGUGUUUUUCAGGAUGAGGCCACACGAAGAGGGAGAUGCCAUAGACCCCCCGCUGUGCAUCUCCGACUCCAACCGAUUGUGCACCCUGGAGUCCCUUAAGGCGGUGUGGCACGGGCACAAGCUGGACUUUUUAAAAGCUGCGCGUCUCGGAUGCGGAGCGCCCAACACCGAGGUGGUGCAGCUGCGCGACCAGAAGCGCAGCCGCGUUCUCGAUUACGCGCAGGGCGACCGGCCGCUCAUCCUUAACUUCGGCAGCUGCACCUGACCGCCGUUUAUGGCGCGCCUCAAGGCGUUCCACGGCCUCGUACAGCAACACGAGGACGUAGUGGACUACUUGGUGGUGUAUAUCGAAGAAGCGCACCCCUCGGACGGGUGGGUGAGCUCCGACGCGCCAUACCAGAUCCCCAAGCACCGCUGUCUUGAGGACCGGCUGAGCGCAGCACAGCUGAUGCGCCUGGAGGUCCCCGGGUGCGCGGUGGUGGUGGACAACAUGGAGAACGCGACCAACGCCGCGUACGGAGCAUAUUUUGACAGACUUUACAUACUUCACGAUGGUAAAAUAGUGUACCAGGGCGGUAGGGGUCCGGAGGGUUACCGGAUCUCUGAGCUAAGAGACUGGCUUAAUCACUACAGACAAACACUGCUGCUUGAAAAGCCUAAGGUCGUUAUGGAUGUUUAGAACUGUUAUAGAAAUGUGAAUAAUAGGCCUACUUAUUUCAAAUCUAACUUAAUUUUUCUCUCACCAUCCUAUGUUGUAUAACCUUUAUUUAUGUUGUAUGUUCACGUCACAAUUGUGACGGUGUUUUGUUUUCAUUCCAUCUCAGUCUUUUAAAAGUCACCUGUUUGCUAAAAAGUAAUAUUUUGUAAGCCAGCCAGUGUCUUGGAUUUAUGCAAAAUGUUGUUACAUUCAAUAAUGUGGACGUUAUUUAUCUACCUUGGAAUGAGUAUAAUGAAUAAAUAGCUAAGAAUAACACAUUUUUAGCAAUCAUCAUUGCCUCCAGUAUAGUUGUGAAGUGCGGUUUUUAAACGGAUUUAAACCACAGAACCGAUACUGAUGUUAUCAUACUGGAGGUGAUGGUAAACACUUAUUUUACCCUAGGAAAUAUACAGUGUUGAGUGGCAAGUACAUGUUACAGUUUAUUUUUCUAAUACACGCAGUACAUUUUUACACAUUACACACCUGCGUGAUUGUUUGUUUGUCAAUUUGUUUUACACUUGCAAAUUGUUUUCAGUUUCAAAUUUAAAAUCGAAUAUUAGACCCUGAUUAUUUUAAUGUUAUAUGACUUGAUAACUUUACAGGUAGUUUUUUUAGGUUUAGUAGGCUGCUGCUGGCUGAUUUUGUGUUUGCCAAUCGAUCCUCGUGAUUGGUCAGAACAAAUAUGAAAAGGCAAGGCAAGGCAAGGCAACUUUAUUUAUAUAGCACUUUUCAUACACAAGGCAGACUCAAAGUGCUUCACAUAUAAACAUUGUCAUACAAUAAAAUAAAAUAAUAGAUAAGUAAAAGAAAAACAUAUGCAAAGAAAUGGGUAAAAUAGAAAGUUAAAAAGGCAUUUUAGUACUAAAAUAGAAAGUAAAGGCAAAGUUAAAAAAAAAGCUUUUUAGAAAGUGCAAUGUAUUUAAGAUUUAGCAGAAAGCUAUAGCAAACAUAAAAGUCUUCAGUCUUGUUUUAAAGGUGCUCAGAGUUGGGGCAAGUCUUAAAUCCUCUGGGAGUUUAUUCCAGCUAUUUGUUGCAUAGUAACUAAAUCCUGCUUUCCCAUGUUUUGUGUUUACUCUGGGGAUAAUUAACUGAUUGGUCUCAGAGCUUCUUAGUGGUCUAGAAGGCUGAUGUAGUGGAAGCAUAUCAGUUAAAUAUUUUGGGCCUAAACCAUGUAGGGAUUUAUAGGUUAGCAACAUGAUUUUAAAAUCAAUUCUCUGACCUACAGGAAGCCAAUGUAACGAUUUCAGAAUUGGUGUAAUAUGGUCAAUUUUUUUGAAAGUGAAAGUGAAAGUGAAAUUCCCCGUUCACACAGAUUUGAGCUCAUCAAAGACUUUAGAUAUUAAUCUAAAGUAGAUAAAUAUUAAUCUAAAAUCUGAUUGGUAAGAUUAGCUCAAACCAAGCACGGGAAAAAAGGCUUUUGUAUCAGCUAAUUGUUGCUUAGAUGUUCUCUUAACUUCUCUUAAACACACACAUCUGACUGUUUCUCAGCUGAUUUGGUCUUUACAAAAUAGACAGCUCACACUCUUACUUUGCUGCAAUUCAUGCAACAGUGUUUUGAGGAAAUACAGCUACUGUGGUCUUUACUCUUUUUGGAAUAAUAUUAAGUGUAUUAUCCUUCAGAAAUGUGUAGCACUUGUGGUUCUGAAUAACUUUUUAGAUUGUGGUUUGAUGAUAGCAUUAACAGGUUUUGUAAACACAUUGUUGUAAUGUUGUUAAUGCGCUAAAGUAAUGUGUAAUUUUACAUAUUUUUGAAACAGGUACUCACGUUGACUACACAUUGAGCAUUUUAACCUUUUCCUAACCCUUUCCCUUGAACAUUUUCCUUAUUCAGGGGUGUCUCUGUAUACUUUGAAUAAUGGGGUUUAAGUAAUGGGUACUUUGUCGACCUCUGCAUUUAUUGUAAAUACACUGUUCUAUUUUAUCGAAAAAAUGUCAUGAAAUAAACUUUAAUGCCAUCAGA